AUGGGAUUUCUUCUCGAAUCAAAAAGGCCGGAGGGUUUUCUCGUGAACACGGACACCUAUCAUUUCAAUGUAGUGACGGUUUAUCCGUCAACAGCAGACUUUGCAUCGCGGCAAGGCAUCUCACACUGCAUUACGGAUCAGAACUGUUUCGUAUGGAGAAUUGCCAUGGAAAAUAUCAUUCGUUUUUCACUAGUGUCUCCAAAGCAUGAACCAAGUUUCGGGAGGGAAAACUCUCCCACGAUGGAUAUGACGCUUAGAGGCCGUUUCGCACCCAGACAACAAUAUCCCGGCAAACGCGACCCUCAAGAUC